AUGGCUCCGCGGCAAAAGCAAUCGACUUUUGCUGGAACUUUAAAGGCACUCAGGUAAAUCGUUUCUAAUCUAACUAGCUAAUUCUUGUUUCUAACCGGACCAAAUUAAAUUGCUACCGAUUUCUAAAUCUAGCUAGCUUAUUUUACAAUCUAAACAUAAUCUAGCUAGGUUUGCCCGAAAUUUUAAUCUAAUUAGCUAAAUUUGGAAUCUAAUAUCAGUGUUUUUGCAAUCUAAUUAGCUUCGCCACUCUAAUUAGAAAAUUUAUCAGUCCAGUUAGAAGAAUUUGAAAUCUAAUCGCAGUAAAUUAGCAAUCUAAUUAGGUCCGGUUAGAAACGGAAAUUAGCUAGCUAGAUUACAAUCGUUUUACCUAAGCAUUCCGAAGUUUUGGCUUUUUGGGAUUCCUCAUCAAAUUUCGCAUAAGUAUACCUUGUCGGUGAAAAAGUUUCCGAGUGUAAGACAAGUGAAACACUUUUUUCUAGUAUCCUUUCUAAUGAAUUCACAUACGACUUGACGGGAAUUUCACAUAGGAGUUACUAUGAGCAAGGUUCGACCCAGAAUUCUAUCAAAUCUCGUUUUUCUUACGUUUUUGAUCUCUGAAAAACACAAAAAAUGGGAUUUACUGGCGUCAAUUGAUUCCAUCUGCAAUCACAGUAUCAUGUACUCACUUCGAUGUAUAAAAAAACUGUCAAAACGUCACUGCUCUAGAAUCGACGACCGAGCGAAAAACAAUCGAGGACCAAGAAAGCAAGGACGGAAAAAUCGAGAACCGAAAAAAUAAGGGACCGAGAAGAAAUCAAGGGCCUAGCAAAACCAUAAUCGAGUACCGAAAAAUUAAAUGUGUAAAACUGUAAAAACGGACGGAGAAAAGCAAUUUGUAAUUUUUUGGGAGAAUUGACAAGGUUUCCGACUGUACUGUGUUUUUUCCUCGAUUCUUUUCGGUCCUCUGUUUUUUGUUCGGUCCUCGAUUAUGGUUUUUCUCGGUCCUCGAUUUUUUUCGGUCCUCGUUUUUUUGUUGAAGUGAUAAAAUACGCACUUCCUUCGAAUUCACUUUUUUUCGACUGUGUGAGAAAACUCUUCUAAGAAGUUGCUUACAGUUUGCGCAAAAGUCCUUUGCAAGUUUGCGUUAGUUUUGAAACGGCGAGUUGGGAAAUGUCGCGUAUCCAAAAAACUUUAUAAAAAUUUUCAUUCAAGCAAACUCGACAAUUGGAAAGGGAUCAUCACAAAAAAGUGUUUUCAGUAUGGUACUCGCAUUCAUUCUCACAUCAAUUUUAAUCGCGCCAAUUUUAUUAUGGAUGUAUUCGUGGUAUAUUUCGGAUGUGAGUGACAGUAAAUUCACAAGAGUCUAAUUUUCCUUUUUUCAGGUUCCCAAACAUUUUAUCAAACAGGGAACCCGAUUACAUCAGAAAGUGAGGAAGAACAUAAGAAUUCUUGAGCAGGUGAGAAGCUGAUUCCGCUCUGACAAUUUUUUUAACUUUAAGAAAUACCAUCCUAGUUGGUGGUGUCCAUUUGGAACAACUCAAACAAUUGUUCGUCAAAUAUUCAGAGAUUGUCCCACAUUACCAUUUGUCAGGUAGGACCAGAUUCUACGGAAAGCUAGUUUUUUAAUUACUUGAUCACAGUUUAGCCACAUUUUAAGACACAUCAAAACACGUUUUAUACAAAGAAAACUUUUGGCGAAAGUAAAAUCUUUUUCAUAAUAAACUGGUUUUUUGUUUACUUGUAUAAGUUGCAGAGAAAUAGUCGAGUUUGACGAUGGAGGAGCGGCUGGAAUAGACUGGCUCAUACCUGAAGGAGCUGAUGAAAAAACACCAAUCGUAAUUUUUCUGCCAGGUAUCACAGGAAGUACCCACGAUAGCAGCUAUGUACUUCACCCGGUCAAAGAAGCAAGAGACAAAGGAUGGAGGUGCUUAGUUGUAAAUCCACGUGGCCUUGGAGGAGUAAAAUUGCGCACUACGCGAACUUAUAACGCAGCUAUUCCCACUGAUUUUGCUUUUAUUGCAAGCAUUGUACACAAGAGGUAUCCUAAUGCAAAAAAGUUGGGAUGCGGUUUUUCGAUGGGAGGGUAACGUUUAUAUUAAUUGUGGCAUAAACUAAAUUUGAUUCAGAAUGAUUUUGUGGAAUUACCUGGCAAUGGCGGGUGACAAUUCACAUUUAAACGCUGGCAUGAUUGUUUCAUCACCAUGGGACCCAAUGAGAGCUUCUGACUCGAUUGAAGUAAACUUCCUUAUUGAGAAACUUUUUUGAGAAAACUGAGUGUGUAAUUGCAGGCAUUUAUUCCUCAGUUGGUCUUUAACAGUUUUAUUGCAAAAAGUUUGGUGGAUAUUGUUAGACCGUGCGUUUUUUCCGAUCACUCUCAUCGUCAUUAAAGGACCAGGGAACCCAAAAAUUUUUUGAUUUUUUUGUGAAAUGUUUUUGUGACUGUUUGAAUUGUCUCUUAUUGCCUCAUACACUGGUGAAAUGCUGCCUCUCAACAAUGCCAAUGAACGAAACGGCAUGCAGUUGAAGUUGUGGCCGUGGCCUAGCGCCAAUGGCCGAAAAAUAUAUAAAAAUAUAUGCGCUUCUCGGCCAUUUUAUUUUUUCCGCUUUUUUACCGGUUUUUUUCCAAAAAUUCACGGUUUCUCCCAUUUUGGCACUUCAUAUCGACUGAAUGAAAACAAUUUUUUAGCAGUGAAAAAAUAAGUAAGUGCCGAACAAAUGUCAAUCACCUGAAAAAUGGGAGAAACCGUGAAUUUUUGGAAAAAACCGGUAAAAAACGCGGAAAAAAUAAAAUGGCCGAGAAGCGCAUGUAUUUUUAUAUAUUUUUCGGCCAUUGGCGCUAGGCCACGGCCACAACUUCAACUGCAUGCCGUUUCGUUCAUUGGCAUUUUUGAGAGGCAGCAUUUCACCAGUGUAUGAGGCAACAAGAGGCAAUUCAAACAGUCACAAAAACAUUUCACAAAAAAAUCAAAAAAUUUUUGGGUUCCCUGGUCCUUUAAUCUGGAGUCAACUUGGCCUUCCGGUACAAGGUCUGCCUGGAUCGAAAGAACAAGAGGAUCCCAAACGUCUUCUUUAAUUUUGUUGUCGACCUUUUGUGUUGUUGAAACUUGAGAAAAACUCAUCUGAAAAAUGAUUUUAGGAUAUAUCUUGCCCCUAGAUACAAAUUAUUUUCACAGGGGCAAGUUUAGCUUUUGCCAAUCGACUUUCAGAUUAGAUUUUCUUGAGUUUCAAAGGUCAGCAGCAAAAUAUGAGAACAGGUUCGGAAACCUUUUGAGACAUGCAGGUCUUGUUCCGCUAGGCCAACUUUUAUAUGGAUCAUGCUCUAGUCAGUUUGAAAAUUUUCAGAUAUCGAGAAAUGUUCAAGGACUUAGUUGACUUUGACGAAGUUUGCAAAUCAACAACUGUUAGAGGGUUCGAUAAAUCGUUCAUAGCACCUAUGUUUGGCUUCAGCUCUUAUGAGGAGUACUACAGAAUGGCUACCUUAAAAACAAAAGUAUACUUCGCUAAUUUUAGAUUGAAAAUUUAAAAAUGAACUUUUCAGGUUGAAAAAAUAAAAAUUCCAGUUGUCACUUUAAACUCAGUCGAUGAUUAUUUUAGUCCUGUUGAUUGUGAGCAUAUAACACAUUUUUUCCAGACUGUAAUGUUACUUUUAAGGCAUCCCUACGCGUGAAAUUGUACACAAUGACUACAUUCUUGCUAUUAUUACAAGUCACGGAGGACAUACUGCCUUCAUGGAAUCAGCAGAUCCAAAUGCUAGAGGAAUGGUUGAAAAAUUAUUAUCGCAAUGGGGAAAUUUGAUUUUUCAUGACUACUGAAAACAAAAUUGCACGCGGAUGGAAGUCAGUACUGUCGAUUUUAUCUGCUGAAUUAUCUGCUGAAUGUUAUAAUAAUAAUAAUAAUUGUUUGUUUGGGGGUGCUAAGGGGAAUAGAGCCGACGCGCGCAGCGAAGGCUUUUGUACUCAUUUUACACGGAAUUCGUUUGGCGACGUAGUUCCAUAAAGACAGGUUAGUGUGAAGGAAACAUUUGGAGGUUUAUUUGACACAUUGAACAUGUAGGGGAAGCGGGGAGAAUGAGACGGGUGAGAUCGAAUUUAAAGGACCAGGGAACCCAAAAAUUUUUUGAUUUUUUUGUGAAAUUUUUUUGUCACCUUUUGAAUUGUCUCUUAGCGAAGUGGUUUUUCAAGUUUUUUUUAUUACGAAAAUUUUGCAGCCGUAUUCCAGUAAGGGGCGGAUGUAGACAUUGUACAAUUAGAAAUAGAAUUCUUUUUGAAGUGGAAGGCUUUGAGAAUUUGGCGGCAUUUCAGUAAGUCGAGAUUGGUGAUUGUAUUUACAUGAUUUUGAAAUGUUAAUUUGUUAUCUAAGGCAACUCAUAGGUCUCUGAUAGAGCUUUUCUUGGCGAUUGGAUUGCCUUUGAAGUGAUACGUGUUUAGCGAAUUUUAAUGUUUUGUUAUUUGUUGAACGUGAUUUUUGUUUUAUUCAGAGUCAGUACAAACUACUUCGUAUUUUCUAUUGUAGAAUUAGACGUUAUUCUAUGUAAUGUUUUCUAUUCAAGUAAUGUUGCUCUUUAUUCUCAAAAUAAAAUGUUGAAUUUUUCAUAAGAACAAAUAAUUCCAAAAAUAAAUAUUUAAGUUUUUUUUGGAAACAAUCAUUCUUCGACUUUCAGAAUAAAACAGCCAGACAAACAGUCGUGCGCGACAAUGCAAGUGCGCUCCAAUAUUAAAAAAACGUAUCCUCAUUGAAACGUCAAACAUCAAACAUCUAAGAAGCAUUUGACGUUCGAAAUAUAUGGAUCCACAGCACGUAUUGGAAAAUGAAAGCAUGACAAGAGCACGAUCAUUUUCUGGACAUUUUCCCAGCUUUGCUUCUUCUAUACAACCUUAUGCAGACGGAAUCAAUUCUUUUCUAGAGGUAAUAUACCAAACUUUGAUAUUAACGUGAAUUUUUUGAGUUAAAAGGGCUUGGAAAUAAAUUUGCACAAAGUUUUACGUUUUUGGCAGAAUGACAGUGGCGCAGUGGCGUUAAAGCCACUCAAACGGCUCUACCAGCCUAAGAAGUGAAUUUGAGACCCAUGUCCAAGAGGAUUUUCUCCCUCCGGUCGGAUUCUGCGUCCACACACUCGGCAUUUGCUAGAAAAGUUUAAGCACAUCUUAAACCAUAUCUAAGCAAAUCUUACGCACAGUUUGAGUUUAGAAGUUGCUUAAACUGCGCUGCGAAAUGCCGAGUAUGUAAAAGCAAUGAUAAUUUUGGAAUUAUCAUCACUUCACCGCUCCUGCCCCUUGAGAAAAGCCCGCGAAGUUCAAAUCGGGCCCCGCCCCUUCAGCGUUCAAUUCUUGCAAGUAGCGCGCGCAGUUUUCGCAAAGGUGCCGCGCGCAUUUUGCUCUUCAGUUCGCCAGUGAAAAAGUAAGUGAAAAAACUUUCGUUGUCGGUUUUUAGUGUUUUUUUUUUCUGAAAAGAAGAUGCAACAAGGCGACCGAAUACGUUUUGAUAACAAAAAAAUAAUUUUCUGCUUUAAUUUUCAAGAAUUCAGUGUUCAGAGCAAUGUGUGCGGCACCGUUGCGAAAACUGCGCGCGCUACUUGCAAGAAUUGAACGCUGAAGGGGCGGGGCCCCAUUUGAACUUCGCGGGCUUUUCUCAGGGGGCAGGAGCGGUGAAGUGAUGAUAUUGUAGAGGCACCGCACAGAAAUGGCGCUCUGUUGAGAAACUCUUUUUGCAGUGCAAAUUGAGCGACCUCGGGGCCGUGUUUGAAAAGUUAGGCCACGUUUUCAGUGGAAAAUUACUUCGCGGCCUAGAAAUUCUGCCAGAUUGCGAACAGCGCGCCCUUUCUGUCCGGUGCCCCUAUAAUAAAUAAUAGCUUAUCACCUUUUAAUGAAAAAACGGCAACUUCGUUUUGUUUUAAAUUUGAUUUCUUCUCAAAAAUCUACGCGAUCAUGUUUUCAGAGUAAUGGCCAGAUCAUCGACUCUUUUAGUCAAUCUACACCAGAUGGCAUGUCAGUUGUUUUUUAACCUCAAUGAAAGAUUAAUUUAGAAUCACCAGCUCGUCAUCCAGCUUCUACUGGCGAGAGAGCAGAGGAUCAGGCAAGAUUAGGACGAGAACAGAGUAAGCAAUUGGAAUCUUGAGUAUUUAUCACCAGAAUCUUUGAAAGGGAAAAACUAAAUCAUAUGACUCUUGAUGAAGUGUAUUUUUAAGCUAUGAUGAUAUUUUGUCUUUAUAAUCUUAAUUGAUUCAUUUUUUUAUAUAACGCGUUUAUGCGUGACGUGUAGGGUUUCAGAACUGGCGAUUUUAGGCGUCUGCGCCGGUUUCUCAAUAGUUUGUUUUUUUAGGGGCCUGUUCUGCUUCUGCUAUCCUUAGUGACGUGACUGUAAAAACAUUUUUCAGGGACUGGUCAACGGAACAUUCGGGAAGGUUUGGAACAAAUUCGCUUGAGUCUAGAUACCACUCGUGAAGGGCAGACAUUUUUGAGCAUUGUACGAAACGUGCUGCCUUUCUUUCUCCUCUUCUCAGCAAAAUUUGUGUUUGAUCAUUUGCACGAGAUCCUUCAGUUUUCAUUAUUAUUCGCUUCGUUUUUCCAAGCAGACUUUUACGUUCAGAGGAUAGUGUCUGGAGGUAUUUGAAUAUACUUUUCAUGUUAAAGUAAAAUUUUAAGGUUUCUCAAUAGGACUGUUUAAAAUAUGCUACAGUUUCGGGUUCAGCAUUUUCACACUGCUCUACCUGAAACUUUUCAACUGGCCAGAUUUCGAGUUCUCAAACACGUUCGGGUUGAACUUUUCUGUAAAAAUGGCUGUCUUGUUUCUAUGAAUGCAUAAACUUUUACAGCAUUUCAUGACGGGUGAGUUCAAAGAACUCACUAUGAUGUCUACCGUAUAUGGAGUCAUAAUCAUUGAUACAUCAUUCAAACUAGUGACUGUUGUACCGAAAUCAAUCGUAAACAAAAAAUCAAAUUUCAUGAUUCCUUGUUUUGAAUUUCAGCUAGUUGUAAUUUCCGACAUUUACAUUUCAAUGUCAACAAAAAGGAAAAUUUUGCAAAUUUUGGAAUACUGCUCUCAGGUUUGAAAAUUACAUUAAUUUUUUGAAACACCAGAGUUGCAGUUAUACAGAUGUGCUCUUCCUUUUGGACCAUGGAUGCGAUAUUUCUUUUUUGCAAACUCUUCUUCCACACUUUCUAUCUGUUUUUUUUCCGUUAUGUACUUCUCGCUGAAGGUAGGUGUUCUAGAAAACUAAAAUUUUACAUUACCUAUUUGAGAUGGGAGAAAUAUACCGAUAUUCUCUGUUGGUCAAAAAAGCAAUGUAUUGUUUUUUCACAGUAAGUUCUGAAUAAACAAUUGUUCAUUAUAGUUAAAAUUUCUCGGAAUCCUAGGACAGCAGUUUUGGCAGCAUAGCCAAGUUGGACGAUUAUGAAGAACCGUGUACUGUUUGUCAUGGUGACAUGACGAACCCAAUCAAACUCGAAUGUAAGCAUGUGUUUUGCAAAGUGUGCAUUGAAACGUGGCUAGAUCAGAAAACUACAUGUCCAAUGUGUCGAGCCGAAGUCGCAAAAGACGUUGUAAGUUGUUGCUUUUAUUAGGUUGUUCGGAAAGUUCCAGUCAUUUUUGGGUUCAGAAAAAUGUAUUGUGAAACAGGUGAAAGAGUUAUCCAAUUAAUUCGACAUAUUGCCCAUGUUUUUCGCCCCAAGUGUCCUUGAUAAUUCACGGACGGAUUGAAAUAGAUUCAUCUCGAGCUCGCUUUUCAAUGCUCCCCUAAAGAUAUCGGUCUUCCUGAACGUGGAUGAUCAUCCAUCGAAAAUUCUCCUUUUUCGAAUCGAUGAAACCAAGUGCUAAUGGUAGUUCGAGUGGGUGCAUCUUUGUUGUAAACCUCCGUUAAACGGCGAUCAAUGUCGGCAUUUUCAGAUCAGAUAGAAAUAAAAAUAAGAUUACAUUUCGGAAAUGUAAGUUGUUAGGGACGAAAACGUUCGGCAUAUCUCACUACUCGGAAACAGGAGAACGAUAUCCGUUGCUAUGUUGACACUUCAAUACCUGACCAACAUUCUGAUAAAACGAAAACUUACUCGCUUGCUUCCCGAUAGAAAAAACAGUCUUCAAAAACAUACUAUGAAAAAUGACUGGAACUUUCCGAACAACCUAAUAAAACUAAAUGCUGUGCAUGUAUAUUUUUACAGGACAACGAAUGGAAAAAUGGUGGAACAAGUCUGGCGCUACGGAUGUUUUAGAUCAGCUAGAAUAAAUCAGCAUUGCCUCCGCACAUGUGUACUAAUUCGGCUUAAAGCACUUUUCGUUCGACGAAGAAUAAAGAAUACAAUGAAAGACGUUCCCAACGUUUGAAGAAAAUACAAUUCCCAUUCAUUCUCUUUUCCGUCCUCCGAUCCUUCAGCUGCCACUCCGUUGCGAUCUUGGCCCAUUUGGUAGCGUUGCUUCUUGCCAAGUGUUCUGCCUAUCUAGCCUUCCUGAAACUGAGAAAUUCGGAAAUUUUCAGCAUAUGCGUCUCUAGUUUAUGAAAACCUGGAACCAAGAAAAAUAUAACAAGAAAACAUCCAAAAAAGAUCGAAACUUAUUAAUCAACCGAUCAAUGUAAUUAAUCAACUGCGGUUUCAUGCUUUGAUUUUCAUGCUUCGAUUAUAUGCAAAAUGUGCCUUUACUGCCAAUACUUGAUUAUAUCUUUUCACGAAGAAUGUGAAUUUCCUCCCGUCCGUUUUGUGAAAAGAAAAUAAAAUGUAUUUAUUGCUGCGUCUUCGCGUUUCCAUACCAACCGUUGCUUAGAGGAAUAAUUCGGAGCCAGAUUCGUUUGUAAAGUCGAAGUUAUAUUGAACAAAUAUGACUUCCAAUAUUAAUGGAACUUAUUUUGAUUCUCAACAUGCUCCAAUACAAAUCGGAAAUGGCCGGGGGUUAAACUCAUUACAAUCAACGUGUUUCAUACGUCCAAAAACUACUGGUCUAGUGAGUUUAUUCAUACAAGUCGUUUUGAUUAUAAUCAGCGCCACAACUGCCAUGUUCUUUUUCUAUCACGUUGGUGGGUACGAGUAUACUCACUGGAACGAAAACUCUACUAUAUUGGAACCAAUUAAACAUCAUCAACCGCAAGCUGAGAGUACUGCUACCUUAAAAGAAGAAGAAGAAAAUGAACCAGAGUUGUUGGUGUCGACAUCAGGAAGAACUUGGAGUUUUCUGAAUCAGACGAACUUGGUAAGAACGUAGGAAAAGUCAGAUGAUAUACAAUGAGUGAAAUAAGUUUAGGACCCCAUACAUUUUUAACGUUCUGGUAAAACUAUAAGAGAUAUUGAAAAUCUGUGAAUUCCAUUCCGGCCGCGAAGUAAGUUUAGGACCCCCCUUAUCGUUUGUCAGAACGUUCAAAAUUUAAGGGUCCAAAAUUUAUUUCGCGCAAUGUAUAACAGGGUUUCCAAGCAUUCUUUGAGAUCCUAUAAAAAACAAGAUACUUUUUGAGUUGAUUGUAAAAAGAAAGAAGGACCUUAGGGAAAAAAAAUAAUUUUUUAGUUCAACGUCAGCUCAGGGGAAAUAGGUGAUUUCUUCUUUAAUGCUAUUUCUCAACCGGAUAAAUUUAUCGAAAAUGCCACAUUUGGGAUUGAACAAGUUCCAACUACGACUGUGCGCAUAGCGGUAAGGUCACCCUAGAUGUCUUUUGGAAUUGUAUUUUUGUUUAGGGCAUUGAGUUUGACUGGCUUGAAGUUAUUCGAAUUUCAACGCUCGUUUAUGUGCUUAUCUGUGGAAUCUGGGUUUUUACUGGACUUCUUUACAUUUGCACGAUACGAUGCGAAAUUCUUGACCCUGUGAUACUCAACACUACGCUUCUUAUUCUUGUUGUUCUGUUUCAAAUGGCACAUGCGGGCCUCAUCAUAUCCUUAAUUUUCUUCCAGGUUUGACUCCUAAAGUAACUUGGCAGAUUAGUUGAAUUUAGAGAGAAAUGAGCUGGAGGACAAUGGCAAUCACAAUUGGAUCCAUAGUCAUAUUUUUCUGUUCCGCAAUAUUGGGUUUUGUAUGCAUUUCACUGAAUUGUGGAUGGAUAAACUAUAUUGACUUCAUGCAUGGACGGAAAAAGGUUAAUGACCUAUUAGGGACGGGCCGGGCAAGACUGAACAAGACUCAACAAACUUUCAUAGCUUUCUGUUUUAUACAAAGCCGAAACCCUGUUUUCGCAAACUCGGCCGGUAUUAAUCAUGACGUCUAGCAUUUAUUGUGAUCAAACAAUUACCAAACAAUUUACAGUGUUUUUUGUGUCUACUAUGCAACACUAAGAAAAAUCGAGGACUGGCAGACCAAAACAAUUAUAUGCAAGGAAAUGGAACACAGAUUCCCGACUACGAUGUUCCAUUAGACCGCUUUGACGCCUUUUAA